AUGACUGAAAGUAAUCAAAAAGCUCUUCAACUACCAAGUAAAAGUGGUUCUGAACAAGUUAAUCGUAUUCAAAGAGAUUUUAACCGUUUAACCGAUGAAAUUAGUAAAUUGAAAAAAGAAAACGAAGAAUUAAAAAAAAAUAAUUCCGAAACGUUAGAAAAUGAACUAAAAAAAAUAGAACAGCAAAUAGAAAAAUGCUUAGAUGCAUUACGUGCGGAAUAUAAUAGAAAUGCUAGUUUAGAUAUAAAAAUUAACGAACUUGUCGAAUUAUGUAAAGAAUUCGGAGAAGAACUUUCUACCUUUAGAAAUUGUUUUUAUGUCUACACCAUGUCGACGCCACAAUCUGGAGUUUUGAACAGUAUCAAAGCUCUUAAAGAAGAAAACGAAAAGUUAAAAAAACAAAUAAACGAUAAAAAUAAUGAAAACAAUGCAUUGAACCAAAAGCUAGAAAACU